AUGGGCCGAAACACUGGUACCGACGAGAACAAGCUGCGGGGAUACAAGGCCGCAACCCACAACCCCCGUGUCUCAAACCAAGCCCGCGCCCACGCCCAGCAAGAAGCCGACAAGCUCUCCAAUUACACCAGUGACGAGGAGCGUCACGAGGAGAACGUCAAGCGCGGACUGAAAGCGGCUGUGCAUAAUCCUCGCGUCACAGAGAGUGGCCGUCGGGGUGCUAAGGAUAAGUUGAAUGAGAUGGGGGCGCCAGCGGAGUAG